GGAAGACAUUACGCACAAAAAAAGUGUCUUGUCUUCAGCAAUUAUUACUACUUUUUUUGGUUUGUUUUUCUCCGUCACAUCGUCUGCUCCACCUUGAUUGACAGGUCAACUGUGGCCAGCAAGCCAACUGAGCGAACAUCUUUUUUAACAGAUUUGGUCAGCCAAUCAACAGCCAGAAAGUUUUCAGUGGGAGGUACAUUAAGAACAGGCCAACAUGACUGACACAAUUCAAGCCAUUGCCAGCGGCACAUCUAGAAGCAAGUUGGAAAUUAAGCGGUCUCACAGUCUGACAGAUGUAGCAGACCUUUCUCUGUCCUCGUCUUCAUCAGAAAGCCUGUUGGACUUACCGCAGUCUUUCCAGCCAUCAUCUCGCAGCCCCUGUGUCACGUCGUCAGGCAGGAGGCUACACGAGAAAUGUGAUGCGACAUGCCAUGCCAUCCAGAACUACAUGUUGGCUACUCCGGACAUGUCUAGAAAACGAUCCCUCGUCUUCUUUGCGGACCUCACCAAACAGCUCACCACCAACCUGAGGCAGAAUGAACAGAGGUACCGGCUGGAGUUCUUUCAGAAGGUGCCCGCGGUCUACACCCACCGGGUUUUCGUGCGUGCCGCCAAGCUCUACAAAGUGUUGAAGCAUGAGCCCGAAGCGACAACCAGCACGAAGUGGAAGAAACAGGCGAGCCAGACGGCGAUAGCGCCCCCGGUGGCAGACGAAGAGUUUCAGAGUGCCGAAGAAAAGAAGCUAAGCUAUGAGCUGGCGUUCAGAGUACUCAAGUAUCAGACAAUACUAGACCAAAUAACAGAAGAAGUGGCAUUCUUUUCAUAUUAUCCUGAGCUUCAGGGUGACCAGGAUCUGGUGUUGGUGAUGCUGUGUGAUUUCCAAAAGCGUAAGUUCCAGCCGCGGACUCCGAUCGAAGAUGAGGAGCUGGAUGAAGUGUGCAUGCAGGUGGAGGAGGCCAUCCUCAACAUCCGUGUCAAGCUGGACGCGUGUCUGGCACGACACCGGAUCAAGGCGUCUGCCCCUUGUAUCGAGUGUCUGCUGCCCGAGAGCAUCCGCCAGCAGGGCGAGAAGAACUACAAGAUGCCCGUGUACAUGUGGGUGAACCAGCUCAAGAGCAAUAUGGAACAAGUCGUACAGAUUCUGAAAGAUGAUGACUUUGUUGAAGUCCCUCGAUCUGACAUGGAUCUGUCUGGAAAAGAGUUCAUGCUGGACAAUCACUGUGAUGACCUGCUGGUCUUCCCAGCAGACUUACAGAAAGAACUCCGCAAACACCGUCUCAUUGAGUCCGGCAAGGCUGUCUUGCAGGACAAAUCUAGCUGCCUGGCUCCCCACUCUGCUAAACACCUGCUGAAUGAUGAUGAUGACAUCAUCCAUGUUAACAUCGGCUCGGGCCUGACAACGGUCCACCUGGCCAGUCUUCUGAGUAACACCAACAGUAACAUAUGGGCUUUUAGCUCCAACAACCCGUCAGAGGACUACCGCAUACAUCAAAACUUUGAAUUUCUAGGAGCCAAAAGGGUGAAGCUGGUGGGUCAGAAGUUUCUGGACAUUGAUCCCGAUGACCAUCGCUUCAAACAGGUGCGAGCCGUCAUGAUCACAGCCGCGUGCAGCAAGUCUGCUGUGAUGAACCCCGUCGAGUUCGUCAUCAACGAGGGAGAAGAUAUGAAUAUUUUGAAAGAUUUGUCGUCUGAUGAAACUAACAAGUCUAUGCUGUCAGAAUUGGUAUCAAACCACAGUGCUUUAUUGCGGCAUGCUCUUAAGAUUAAUAAAAGUCAAGCAGUUGUCUACUACACGCGAUCUGUGUACGAUGCCGAGAAUGAAAAUGUUGUUCAGAAAGCCGUGGAGUUCAUAAACAUGAUUCAGCAGAAGAAAGUGCCGUUCCGUCUUGUCCCGCCUGUGUUGCCAUUCAACGCUGAAGAUAUAGAAAAAAAGGACGGUAUCUGUGGCAAGUACAUGAAGUUUUCACCUGGUGAAAAGAUGAAUGGCUGCUUUGUCGCGGUCAUAACUCGAGAGCCACAAAAUCCCAAGGAUGCUGCACGGGAGAUCAUUGCUAGGACACAUGUCAGGCGACCGGUGGACAAGCUACCAGCUUCAUCGAAAGAAAUUUAUUCUAAGAAAACUGCGGUCAAACCUUUGGCUUUUGGCAGUAUUGCAGAGACCAAAGCCCGUAAUUCACUUGGUGGCGAGACCAGCAAAUUACGUGGACAAAUCAGCGGUUAUUCACACCGCAAUCUAAACAAAUCUCACAACGCCAGACCGAGUUUAUCAGAACACAUAGCUUUUGUAAAACAUGUGCCGUUAAGUAUUGUGACGCACCCUUCACCAUUUAAGUAAAGUUAUUCUCCUAGUUACGUAAAUCUUUUGUCCAAAUUAGGUACAUUCCGGUCCCAAUUUUGGAAAUCCCUCUUCCAGUUGUGUAAAACCAAUUUCCAAUUAUAUAAAGCCCUGUUCAGAUUUCCAUUUGGGUAAAGCUGUGCCCUAUUGUGGUAAGUUCCUGUACUAGUCAAAUAAAUCCUUGCUCCAAUUUUCAAACACUUAAUUAUGUCCCUAUUAAAGGCAUAUUGUCACAGAUUUAAAGACCUUAUUUCUCUAAAAAUGGAUAAUAAUUAAAAAUUACAUUAAUUAUUGGAAACCAGAUCAUCACCUUAACUGAACCAUGAUGGAGUGAA